CCUCCACCUCCUCCAAUGGAAAUGAGGCAGAGGCGGGCCCAGGGGCGAGAGGACCAUGGCGUGGACACAGCUGAAAAGGCGGGCCCAGGAUGCCUUGAUCAUCCUGGGGGGUGGAGGACUGCUCUUCGCCUCUUACCUGACGGCCACGGGGGAUGAGCAUUUCUACGCUGAACACUUGAUGCCGACUCUGCAGGGGCUGCUGGACCCCGAGUCAGCCCACAGGCUGGCUGUUCGUGUCACCGCCUUGGGGCUCCUUCCUCGUGUCACAUUUCAAGACUCCGACAUGCUGGAAGUGCGAGUCCUGGGCCAUAAAUUCCGAAAUCCAGUAGGAAUUGCCGCAGGAUUUGACAAGCAUGGGGAGGCUGUGGACGGACUGUACAAGAUGGGCUUUGGUUUUGUUGAGAUAGGCAGCGUCACCCCAAAACCUCAGGAAGGAAACCCCAGGCCCCGAGUCUUCCGCCUCCCCGAGGACCAAGCCGUCAUUAACAGAUACGGAUUUAACAGUCACGGGUUCUCGGUGGUGGAACACAGGUUACGGGCCAGACAGCAGACGCAGGCCAGACUCACAGAAGGUGGGCUGCCACUGGGAAUAAACCUGGGGAAGAAUAAGACCUCGGUGGAUGCUGCCUCGGACUACGCAGAGGGGGUUCGAGUCCUGGGCCCCUUGGCUGACUACCUGGUAGUGAACGUAUCCAGUCCCAACACUGCAGGGCUGCGGAGCCUUCAGGGAAAGGAUGAGCUGCGCCACCUGCUGACCAAGGUGCUGCAGGAGAGGGAUGCCCUGAAGGGAGCGCACAAACCGGCCCUGCUGGUGAAGAUCGCACCCGACCUCACAGCCCAGGACAAGGAGGACAUCGCCAGUGUGGUGAGAGAGGGAGCAGGGUUUUCCCAGCGUCACAGACGCCAUUGGAGCAGACCAUCGGAGGUGAGGACACUGUCGGUGGGAAGCCCGGUCCAGACGCUUCUUCCCACUAAGUCAGGCGAGCCUCUGUGGCUGGAUCGAGAGAGGGAGGACUGUCUCAAGCCACAUCUGCAAACCACAGGAGCCCCUUCUGUGAGGCCAGGCGGACUGUGAAAGCCACUUGCAAGGGUCCCAGAAUCAACACAAAACUUUCUGCAGUCACCUGCCAGGAGGAACUGCAUCCGGGACCUUUUCCAGACUCAAGUCCCAGGAUCCUUUCAUAUUGCGAGGACAUGAGAUAUUUGGGGGCCGGGGGCUCAUGGAAAAAAUAAAGCAAUUUAAAACCUGGAUAAAUCCCAGCUCUUUCUGGAAGGUCCACUGGCUUCAGGCACUGCAGGUCCUUCCAGGCCUCUGCUAUCUGGGUCUGCAAUGGUUUUCCCAGAGCUUGACGCUUACAUUCUAUUUUUGUUCUUAUUUAAGUUUUAACUUAAUUUUGAAAACAUUUCAAAUUCAGACAAAAGUUGUAAGAACAGGGCUUGUGGAUAGCUGUCCUCUCCCUGUGUCUUCACAGCCUCUUCUCGCUGAGUGUCUGUGUCCUGAUCACUUCUUACAAGGACGCCAGUCAUUCUGGACUGGGACCCACGCCAGUGACCUCAUUUUAACUUGACUGCCUCGCUCAUGACCCUGUCUCCAAGCAAGGGCACACUCUGUGGUAUCGGGGAGUUAGGAUUUCAACACAUCGAUUUGGGAACACACAACUCAACCCAUCACAAGAAGUCACGUGUCAUGUGACGGUGCCAUCAGACUGAAGAGGUGUAGUCGUUAACUAAAUACAAAGAGAAACGCCAAUCUUCUCAGUACUGGGAAGCACACGGGCAAGAGAAGUGCGAGCCUCGUCUGGGAAGUGCUGUGGUGCCUGGCACACCUUCUCAGCCAACAGAAAAUCACCUUUGUUCCCUCCGCCCCAGGACAGACUAUUUUAAGUUUGAUUCUCGGUAGUUCUGGGGAGAAGCACGGAGCUGCAAUAGCGAUAACGUGUCCUGUUGCCUCAUCUUUUCAUCUCGGCCUCAGCCUGGGCCUCCUCCCCAUUCACUCUUUGCCAAGAAACUGGCAGCCAGUCUCCUGCUGUUUUUCUUCCAAAGAUUGUUUUCCUGGUUUUUAUUAUGAAAAUACCUACUCAUUAAUAAAUUUACAUCAUACAGCCCCCAAGUAAAAGCUGUCUACCUCUUCACCCCCUCCCCAAACGAUUCCACUUCCCAGAGGUAACUUCUGUAUCUCUAGAUAUUUCUAAACAUUUUUCUUUGUAUAUAUGAACAUCCGUAUCCAUUACUACCUUUUAAAUCUAUCUGCAUGCACAUAUAUAGAAAUGUUUCAAGAAGAACAGUGCGAAGAACUGUUUUAAUACUAAGUCACAUGAGAGUAAAUUGCUGACCUGAUGCCCCAC